CAGUGUGCUCGCGGAUGCCGGAGGGUUAGGAGUUGCGUGGCGUCUCCUCUUCCCUCUCACACAUAAUUAUAACUGCAUUAGUUAGCCAGAUAAUGGCAACACUUAUCUCACGUAAAAAUAAAGAAGAACCACGUGCGAGAAAAGCAUCAGUGACAGUGAGCGUUGUGUGACAAUUACUGAGAAAAUACUGAUAGGAAACGAAAGAGAGCUGGUCUGCCUGAAGUGUGCGGCGGAAGCUGGCGGAUCUUGUUUGCGAAUCAAGCAUUAUCACGGGAACUGUUGACCAAGGAAGGGCAGGGCGAGACGGAACGACAGAGCCGCGCGUCUUAAUGUUUACCGAGCAGAGGAAACAGGUGCUACACAGGAGGCUACACAAUUAUACCCACACUGCUGGAAGGAUUGUCGCAAUGCUGAGCAAAUAGUCCAAAGUGUUGAAAGCUUAUGACGCGACGUUGAGGAAUGUGCGACGUGAGAAACUGAGCAAGUGUCUCUUGGUGCGGACAGACAACGAUGUGUGCGGCGUCUCCAACUCUUCAUCUCUUGCUCCUGCUGCUGCUGCUGCCUCUCCUGACCCCUGCGCCAGGCGUGAACGGCGGCGGUCCAGCAGGAAGAAACGCGGGGGACGAGGAACUCAUGAACACCUGGCCUCUAGUUACCGACCAGCCCUAUUUCGACCCCAGCAUGUCCACUACCCUUACCGCCCACGUGGGGAGACGCGCCGAGCUCCACUGUCGCGUCCACUCCAUUGGGAACAGAACGGUGUCGUGGAUACGAGGGCGCGACCUGAGGAUCCUGACUGUGGGGCGCUACACAUACACCACGGACCUGCGCUACGAGGUGCUGCACCAGGACGGCACGAACCAGUGGACGCUGAGAAUCAGGUCCGCUCAGCCGCGCGACCAGGGCACCUACGAGUGUCAGAUUAGCACCAAACCUGUCAAGGCGUUCACCGUGUUCCUCAAAGUGCUCGAGCCUCGAGGGGAAAUCCUAGGCUCCCCGGACCUGUACGUGCAGAAGGCUAGCAUGAUCAACUUGACCUGCAUCCUACACAACCUGCCCGAGCCGCCUGCGUACGUGUUCUGGUACCAUGGGAAUAAGGAUAUAAGAUACAGCAGCGGUCGCGGUGGCGUGGCAGUGUUGGUGGAGAAGGGCCCGAGCACGACCACCAGCCACCUGCUCAUCUCCUCCGCCACGCUGCAGGACGCGGGCCGCUACACUUGUUCGUCGGCCGGCCUCAGCCCCACCUCCGUCAGAGUUCACGUGCUCGACGGGGAAGAACCGGCGGCCAUGCAGAAGAACAGCUCAGCAGCAUUACCGUCCCCACUAGACGGACGGGCAGCAAUGAGCAACAGCAGCGCCGUGGUGAGUGGCGCCACCAGGACAGUAAAGGCGGAGGCGGUGACCUUAGCCCUGGUGCUGGUGCCUGCGUGGUUACAGCUGCGAGGGUGCUGACUGCUGGUGUCGGUGAGUGUCGCUGCCGUGCGGGGGUCUAGCGCUACACAGCCAUUGCCACUCCUCGCCCCGCCUGUGAUCCGAGCAUGCUGGGAGGGCAGAGCGGCGGACCUCACUGCUCUUGCCGGCCAGCCCAGGUAUCGUCUGACAGCACGCGGCACCAGCCAUCCUCGCAGCUUUGUGGGGUGUUCGUGAAGGUGUGGCACGGUGAAUCAAGCACACCUGUCACCACCUGUCUCGGGAAGGUUCACCCGGGGACGCCAGCAGCACUUCGUCUUUUGUAUGUACACGAUCGGCGGGAUGAGAAAUUCUUGUAUUGAACUUAUUAUUACAGUGGACUCACUCUAACUAGAUUCGUAGAUAUCACGUAGUGCGUAUUUUGUCACCACUAACUCAUUUCGUAGGUAACUAACCAUUCUGUAGAUGCUGUACAAGUUGUUUAACCCAUUUCUCACACACCGUUAGGUACUACGACGCGAGGUACUACUAAAAUGAAAGUGAUAGGUCUUGUGAGCGGGUCCUCUCUUGCAGCACACGCGUGGGAGACAAAAAUAUGCGGGGAUGCUGCAGCCUGUAGAAUAUAAUUUGUUCUGAGUUCAUAAUUGGUCCCGAGUCUAAUGAGGUAGUGGUGAGGUGGAUCAGACGGCGCUUGGCAGAAAAGUGGCGAGGCUUGACAGAUAAACAAUAUCAGUGUUCGCUAAUUAAUCUCAGUAGUCAAGCAUUUUGGAGUGAGUUUAUCUGUAUUACUUUUCUACAUGUUCGUUUGACUGUUGAAGUUUGUACAAAGGUAGCUUUGAUAACGCGAUAUAAGGAGUGGACGCCUUACAUUUACGCGGGCGUUUCAUUUGAUCCUAUGUAUACAUUCACAUACACACGUCUAUAUAAAUGUUACUGUUGUUU